UUUUUGCAUCCCCUUUGCUUAGUUUAUCUAUCAUUUCAUUUGAUGUCAUCAGUAACCGCUCAACGAUACACCAUUCCACAGUUCCUCUGAGACUGAGGCAUCGUCGCCAUUUCCAUUCAAUGGCUUCUGCACAUUCUUCAGCUCUCAAUUCACUCUCUUCUUUCUCUCUCCGCCCCUCUUCUUCUUCUUCUUCUUCCUCUCGCUUCUCUCUCCUCUCUAAUACAAACAAACUCACAUCCCUCUCCUCCCCAAAACUCCACUCUCUUUCCACCUCCAAAUCCAAAUCCUCCGACGAAACCGACAACUCCUUCUUCGACACAUCCGUCCCCGAAGAAGACCUUACCUUCAACCCACCCGAAAUCCCCGAAGGUUUCGUCGCUCCUCCCUCCAUCGAAGACGGACCAGUCGAAAGCGAAGACGAAAUCGCCGCCGCGUAUGAGGAGCUUUACGGUACGGGGUACAGUGGAGUUAGCGUGUUGGGAAAUGACAUAUACGCGAUGGACUCGAAGGCAAAGAAGAUGAGUGGGUUCGGUUCGGGAUUGAAGAAGGAAAAGAUAAGAGAUGGGUUUGAAGAAAGGGUGGUUCAAGUUAGGAGGGUUACUAAGGUUGUGAAAGGAGGGAAACAAAUGAGGUUUAGGGCUAUAGUUGUUGUUGGUGAUAAGAAAGGACAAGUUGGUGUUGGUGUUGGGAAGGCUAAGGAAGUUAUUGCUGCUGUUCAGAAAGCUGCUAUUAAUGCUAGGAGGAAUCUUGUUAGAGUUCCCAUGACUAAGUACUUGACUUUUCCUCAUAGAUCUGACGGAGAUGUUGGAGCGGCAAAGGUGAUGCUUAGACCCGCUUCUCCUGGUACCGGUGUUAUUGCAGGUGGGUCUGUGCGAAUUGUUCUUGAAAUGGCAGGUGUUGAGAAUGCUUUGGGGAAACAACUAGGAAGUGACAAUGCACUCAACAAUGCCAGGGCAACUGUUGUUGCAGUGCAGAGAAUGAGGCAGUACAGUGAGGUCUCUGCGGAGCGUGGGAUCCCUAUGGAAGAGUUAUGGAAGUAAUGAAAUUUGUGUAUCCAAUGUGAUUUUCAUACGACAAUCAUUGUGAUGUUGAACUGGUGUUAGUACCUCAGAAAGUUUUCCAAUUUCUUGGAAGUAAACAACUUCAAAAUGUUACUUGAUCAACCUGAAUCAUAUUCUGUAUUUAUGAUUGUCCAGUUUAUGCUUGGCUUUGACAAAACUUAGAUCAUAUUCCUUGUAUUUAUACUUUUAAAUUCUCAAAUUGAACAAUCAUACGUGGAUAUGUUUUCAACA